UAACAAUAAUAAUAAUUAUCAUUUCAAAAGUAGUGAGUUUUGUCGUUUGUAGGUUAAUGUCCAUUCGUUCGAUGAUGUUUAUAUCUUAUAAAUUUAGUUUUGGCGGUUAACGUUAAACACAUAAUGGAUCAAAGUCAUCAAACCAAUGCAUUUGUGACAACAAUGUUAAUGCGUAAAUAUUUAUUAGAAAUCAAAAUCUAAGUACAAUAAUAUUUUAAACAAAUCCCGACCAGGACAGUCGUUUUCGAACUGUUAUUAAUGAAUAAUAUUGUGGAGUAUUUACAACGUAAAAAAUAAUCAUGUCUAAAGAUAUCAGGUCGUAUUUUGGGACGGCAGCCGCUGUAAAAAAAUCAAAUAUUAAAGAAAAUACAAAAACUCAAUCCGGUCAAUCAAAGAAAUCUAAAAAACGUCAUGUUCUGUCAAGUGAUGAUGACGAAGAUAUAAUACCCUGUACUCCAAAAAAUGUUAUAAAAACAGUUAAACCAAAUGUUAAACUAGAAGAUGUGUUUGGAAAAGAACCAGUCAAACAGAGUGCUUUGAAAGUAAAGCCGCCCAAAAAACAAAUAAAUUCUAUCGAACAAGACAUUGAUAUAGAAUGGAGCGAAAUAGAUAACAUUGAAAAGGAAUUCUGUAAUACCACUGAUAAGUCUAAAAAAUCUCCAGCAAAAUUAAACGAGACAAACUCAAACUCUUCAGAAAAACUAAAAAACAAAACUUUACCAACCUCAAAAUCUCCUAAAAAAUUAAAUAAAACUCCCAUAAAAUCUCCAGCACAAUUUAAAACUACUCCUUUAAAAUCACCUUCAGUAACUCAAACUCAACUCACACCAAACAAAUUGAAAUCUCCUUCAAGCUCGCCUAAUGUUAAAAGAAAAUUAAUGGAAUUUGAUUCUAACAAUGACAAACUGGUAUCGCUACAGAAAACUAAUCCUAGUAAAAACACUAGUAGUAAAACUAGCGAGAGUAGUCAAGCUGGUGUCAAAAGAAAAAGUUCACCUGUAACAUCGCCUGAAAUCAAAAAGUUUAAAUCGGAUGUAGUCUUGUCGUCUGACUCUCAGGAAAGUGGAUACGCAACAAGUGAUUCGAUAAAAGUUGAUGAUUCUAAGUGCUCUUCUCCUACACUUGUAACGUCUUUUGAAUCAAAACUUUGGGUAGAAAAGUACAAACCAACCACAUUAAAACAAAUUAUUGGUCAAACUGGAGAAAAGAGUAAUGUUAACAAAUUAGUCAAUUGGUUAAAAUCGUGGUACUCUAACCAUGGAAUUGGAGUUAAUACAAAACUAACCAGACCUAGUCCUUGGGCAAAAGACGACAACGGAGCUUAUUUCAAAGCUGCAUUACUGUCUGGUUCUCCAGGUGUUGGUAAAACAACAACGGCUCAUUUAGUUUGCAAGGAAUUGGGUUUCGAUUUUGUAGAAUUCAAUGCUUCUGAUACGCGUUCCAAAAAACAGUUACAAAAUCACGUGUCUGAACUUCUAUCGUCCACUUCAUUAAGCCCAUUUUUGGGAGGAAAAUCCGUGACUAAAAAACAUGCGCUUUUGAUGGACGAGGUUGACGGAAUGGCAGGCAAUGAAGAUAGAGGUGGCGUGCAAGAAUUAGUUUUGUUAAUAAAAAAUUCCAAGUGCCCAAUCAUAUGUAUGUGUAACGACCGAAAUCAUCCCAAAAUACGUACGUUAUCCAACUAUUGUUUUGAUUUACGAUUUCAUAAACCAAGGUUGGAACAAAUUAAGGCCGCUAUGAUGAGUGUUUGCUUUAAAGAAAAUUUAAAAAUUCCGCCAGAUACAUUAUCAUCUAUUAUCGCUAGUACAGAUAAUGAUAUUAGACUCACUCUUAAUCAUUUGUCAGUCGUUGCAGCUGGAAAAGAUAAUUUAAACAUAAACAAGAAAUACAUUAAAAUGGGUCCUUGGGACGUCGUAAGAAAAGUUUUUUCUGCUGAAGAACAUAAAACAAUGAAUAUUAAUGACAAAUGCGACUUGUUCUUUUAUGAUUAUAACAUUUCUCCAUUAUUUGUUCAAGAAAACUAUUUGUCAGUCGUCCCUCAUAACGUCGAAGGGCCUAAGUGGAAAAAAUUUGAACGUUAUUCAUUAGCGGCCGACUGUAUUAGUUUGGGAGAUAUAGUAAAUGCAAAAAUUAGAACCACCAACAAUUGGAGUUUGCUUCCAGCCCAAGCGAUAUUUUCUAGUUAUUGCCCAGGUGAACACUUGAAAGGUCAUAUAAGUAAACAAAUAAAUUUCCCAGCGUGGCUUGGGAAAUUUUCAAAAGGAAAUAAAAUGAACAGGCUUUUACAGGAAGUACAAAUUCAUUCUAGAAUCAGAUUAUCUGCAAGUAAAGAAGCGAUAAACCUUGACUACCUUACGAUGUUGAGAGACUCGAUUGUUAAACCUCUCCAAGAAAAAGGAACCGACGGCGUUCAGCAAUCUCUAGAGUUUAUGCAUUACUAUCAUCUUUUAAAAGAGGACUUUGAAUCACUCGUCGAGUUAUCUGCAUGGCCUGGUCGUAAAGAUCCAAUGUCGGAUAUUCCGGCAAAAGUCAAAAGUGCUUUCACCAGAGCGUAUAAUAAAUCAUCGCCGGCUUUCAGUACUACAAAGAAAAAGAAGACAUCAACUUUGGAAGAUGCAGAAGCCUUAUUAGAGGACGAGGAAGCUGGUGAAGAUGUAUUGAGUGAUCAAGAAGAUGACGACGAUAUCCAAAAUGAUAACUUGAUCUCUGUAAAGAAAAAGACAGCUAAGAAAGCAUCAACUCCACCGCCUUCAAAACCAAAAGCUCAAGGAAGUAGUAAAGGUCGGGGCGGUGGUGGUGGUAGAAAAAAGAAGUAAAUAUUGAGGUUAACAUUUUUUCUUUUUUUAACAUUAUUGUAUUCAAGCAUAAUAUAUUAUUAUUUUUUGUGGCUGAAACAUUAAGCUGUAUUUUUUAAAAGCUAGAAAAUACAAUAAAUCAUGUUUAAUUUCAAUAUUAUUAUUUUUAUUUCUCAAUCUUAAAGUAUCUUAUAUGAUAUUCAUUAAUGUAGUAUUUUUAUUA